AUGGCACCCGGACUGGUGGAAGCUGCUGGUAUCCAGACCUCGGAGAGACCCGUCAAGCUCUCUGUGUUCCCUGAUGGAUUCAAAACAUCCGGUCAGCAUCCUCCUAUAUAUUCACAAGUCCGGCCCUAUGCCGAUUUCCCGAAGAUCCAUACCGGGCCUACAUUGUGGAAAGCAGAGGACUAUCGCGAGAAUCCCGAGCUUUGGACACAUCGAUUCACCAAAGAGGAGGUUGCAGAGAUUAGCUAUGCCACAGAUCAGUUUAUACAGAGUGGAACCCCUUUAACUGGGAUAUCGAAGGCCAAUUUUCACUUGCCUAAUUUGUCUGAGCGGAUGGAGAAUCUUCGAUAUGAUCUGAUUAAUGGCAAAGGUUUCUUCCGUUUUAGAGGACUUCCUGUUUUGGAGUGGGAUCUCCAAAAAUGUGCAACAGCGUACAUGGGCCUCGGCACAUACUUAGGAUACUUCGUCAGUCAGAAUGGUCGUGGUCAUGUCCUUGGUCAUGUCAAGGAUUUAGGAGAAGAUCCCACCAAAACUGACAGAGUUAGAAUCUAUCGAACAAAUGCUCGUCAAUACUUCCACACGGAUGGAUCCGAUAUUGUUGGACUCCUGUGUAUCGCCAAAUCUCUCUCUGGCGGAGAGUCUGACAUCGCGUCCACACACCACGUAUUCAAUGCACUACAAGAGAGACAUCCUGAUGUGGCACAAACACUAUGUGAGCCAAACUGGUACUUCGACCGGAAGGGUGAGGUAUCCGAAGGCGAAGAAAACUGGAUUCGAGGCAGCGUGUUCUACCUCGAGAACGACAACGGCAGCUCCACACCACGAGUAUACGCAAGACUCGAUCCUAAUAAUGUGACAUCGUUGGCACGUUUCAACUCAGGGCCCGAUGCACGCAUACCUCCCCUGUCAGACAAACAGAAACACGCCCUGGAGGUAUUCGAGAAGACGUGUGCUGAGCUGUCGCUACACAUGAUUCUUGCUCCAGGUGAUAUUCAAUUCCUGAGUAAUUCACAUGUCUUCCAUGCACGAACCGCCUACACAGAUCACCCAGCUGGGGCUGUUGAUGAGGACGGCAGGCCUGCCCGACGACGCCAUUUGAUGCGACUUUGGCUGUCGGCCCCGGAAUCUGAAGGAGGAUGGAGGCUUCCUUACCACGAUUCUUUGGAGAAGAAACGAGGAGGUAUCCAGGUUAAUGACACUCCUCCUGUCUGUCCAUUGGAUGCGGAGUGA